GCAGCCUCAUCACCUCUCCUCAGCCUUUUGCUUCCCUCCGCUUUCCCUUCGUCACGAAGCCUCCUCCUCUGCCCUCCUCUCCUUCUCCACCUCUUCCUCCUGCCUCUCUUCAUCUCCAGAAAAACAGGGAGAUCAAAAGAGAAGAAAGGAGGAGCAAGAAAAGAGUAGAAGAAGAAGAGCAUCGCAACCUCCAACUCCAAUGGCAGAGCCAAAUCCUCCUCUCCACCCCUCCAAAUUACCAACUCCAAAAUAUAGAACUCCAAACCCACCAGCCCAACAAUCCUCAGCUAGAUUCCUCUCCAGUUUCCUGUACAAAGUCAUCUUCGUCACCGUCUUCAUCGCCCUCCUCCCUCUUUUUCCCUCCCAAGCCCCAGAGUCUGUAAACCAAUCCAUCUUCACCAGAAGCUGGGAACUCCUCCACCUUCUCAUCGUCGGGAUUGCCAUAUCCUACGGCCUUUUCAGCCGCCGCAACACCGAACCCGAGCCCGAAAAGGAGGCUGCUUGGAAGGUCGAUAGCCCCCAAUCUUACAUCUCCCAAAUCCUUCAUGUCUCUUCAGACUUGGACGACGACGAGGUUGAUAGCCCGCAUGGGCCUCUUGAUGAGAGCAAGAUCCAGACUUGGAGCUCACAGUACUACCCAAAUAAUCCUGUGGUUGUGGUUAAAAAAGGAUGGAACCGAUGCCGGCCAUGCAACCAAGACUCGGGGUUGCUGGAUUCUUGUAAUGAAUUCAUUGAUGGACAUUCUGGCUCGGUUAAUGGAAUUGAAGAGUCCAGAAAUUUUGAUGCUCUGAAUUCCAAGAAUGUACCAGAGGGGAGAGCCGUCCUUCCAUCUCCUAUUCCAUGGAGAUCGAGAUCAGGAAGGAUGGAGGUGAAGGACGAAUCAGCUUCGGGUACAGGAUCCCUUGAUCUCAUCAUCAAACGAAGAAAUGAAGCAGAAAUCUAUUCGGUUGGAAGGUCGGUCAGAACGGUCAGAGCGAAGGACGUCCCAAGCACAAUGCCAGAUCGAGCAACAAAGAUCGGCGGCGCCGAGCAAUCAUUCGGCUAUGAACCACACCAGCCUCCUCCGAUCCCAAAAUAUCAAGCUGAAAAGGAGAAUGAAUUCAUCAUGGAGAAGGUGAUUGUUUCCUCGGAUGAGUCUGAUGCCGAUGACGCCGCUAGCGAGGCCUCUGAUCAUGUGCUAGUUUCAAACCCUGCGGCAGAAGCAGCCCCGGAGGCGAACGAAGUUGAUAAGAAGGCCGAUGAGUUCAUAGCCAAGUUCAGGGAACAGAUUAGGCUUCAGAGAAUUGAAUCAAUCAAGAGAUCCACCGGGCAGCGAGGCCUUAGAAACCCAAAGUAGUCUCAUAUUUCGGUGCCUUAGAAACCGAUGAUAUUUACUACAUUUUAUUCUCUAUGAUGCUGUCUUUUUCUUCUUUUCCUGAAGUUUAAAGAGUUCCAAACACCAGUCUAGUUGAAUGAAGAUUCAAAAUUUGUUAAUCUUGUUCUUCAUUCUCUUUCAUGGCAAUCGUUCUGCCUUGGCAAUGUACUUGAAAUUAGAUUAUUGGAGCAUGUGAUUUCCUCGAUCACUAUUCAACUCUUGUACCGAACACUGAUCUUGGAAAUCCAAAGAUUAGUAAGCAAGGCAUUUUGUAAUCAAUUGGCACAGUAAAUGCAUCAGUAGUUAUCUCUAUA